AUGAUGAAUUCCUGGGGAUCAGGUUUCUCCACAGACCAGGUCUUUCUAGUCAUCUUCUUUCGGAGCACCUUGGACGACUCGAAGCUGAUCAUUGACGACUCCACGGCAUCCCGCUAUUUCGGUGUGACUCUGAUGAUCUUCCUGGGCUUCGGAUACCUCAGGGCUUUCCUGAAGGCCUAUGGCUUAGGGGCUAUUGGCUUCACGAUGUUGAUUGCGUCUCUGGGAAUGCAAUGGUCCAUGAUUCUGGAAUCUUUGGCACGGAAGGCGGAGCUGAAAGUGGACUCUAGCGCCCUGUUGCAUGCGGACUUGGGUGUUGCUGCUGUCCUUGUCUCCUUCGGGGCCGUGAUUGGCAGGAUCAGUCCCACACAGAUCGUGAUGUUGGUGUUGCUGGAGCUUCCCGUCUACACCAUCAACAAGGUCUUUCUGAUUCACCAGUUUGACACCUCAAAACAUGUCCGCGAUGGAGGUAGCACCAUCGUGGUCCAUGUCUUUGGGGCCUAUUUCGGCUUGGCGGCUGCUACAGUGCUGGGGCCAGCUGUGAAGGUCGGACAUCUUCUCGUUGAUUGGUACGAUGUUCCUGUGGAUGUUGCUUGGAAGACGGACUACGUGGGUCCAAUGUCAUGGUGCCUGGCCUUAGCUUGGCACAUUUCAAAAGCCACACCAUUCUUUUUCUUGGGUGAGCUCUAG